AUGUUUGUCCCAGAGAACAAAUUGACGUCCAUUGAUUUGAGUCAGAAUCAACUUGGGGGUGCACUACCACGAUCUUUGGCAAAUUGCAAGAACAUGGAGGUCCUUGAUCUCGGCAACAACUACUUGGAGGAUCGCUUCUCUGUGUGGUUAGAUGCUCUUCCUGAGCUGCAGGCAAAUGCCAUGAAGAAUGAAGAGAAAGGAGGUCUGCAGUACAUGAAGAGUAGACGCUAUGGUUACCAAGAUUCUGUCAAGAAUCCCUUCUUCUGUAAUCUCGAGUGGCUGGACCUCUCCUCAAACAAGCUCACUGGGCAGAUUCCUACAGCAUUAGCAGAGUUAGCAUCACUAUCCUACUUGAAUCUCUCGGUAGAUCAACUCACAGAGCCCAUCCCUCAGAGCACACAAUUCGACACAUUCAACCGUGACUCUUUCGAUGGAAAUCCCAGAUUAUGCUGGCAUCCCUUGCCACAAGCAUGUGGAGAUGAUGCACAACCCUCAACAACUUCCCCAGAUGAAGAAGGAAUGAACUCGGGAACCAGAUCGAAUGGAGAGCUGUAG